GAGCAGGGGCGGGAGGGGGCAGGCAGCCAACCCCCCCCUCCCCCCCGCAGGAGUUUUGCGCCUCGCUGCGUGGGGAGCACUUUGUCCAGGCUCCCUGCCGGGCCAGGGCAUGGCUUUAAGGGGGCCCCGGCGGGAUCCUGCCCCGGACAGGUGACUGUAAGCGCCGCUGCUCACGGCCAGGCUCAGCCCAUGACGGCAGGGCCCUGCCCCAUCCUCAGCACCACGUCUCUUCCCAGCUCACCCGGGCCCUUCGUUUGUCUUUGCCGCCGAUGGCUGAGGAUGGUGGGGCCGUGGGCCUUGCCAAUGGGGGGGCCGGGAGCCCCUCCGACACUGUCAAGGAGACCAGCUGGCCCGAGGACGAUGAGGUCUUCGUGACGGAGCGGCUGAGCCCCACCGCCAUGGCCACGUUCAGACCCGGCAGCGUGGAGGAGCUCUACGAGCUGCUGGAGAAGCUGGGCAGCGGGCACUUCGGGGUGGUGAAGCGCUGCCGGAAGCGGAGCUCGGGGACUCUCUACGCCGCCAAGUUCGUGAAGAUGCGCAAGUGCAAGGGGAGCCGGCUGGGGCUGGACCGCGAGCAGGUGGAGCGGGAGGUCAGCAUCCUGCAGCAGCUGGAGCACCCCAACAUCCUGCGCUUGCACGACCUCUUCGCCAGCAAGGCCGAGAUGGUGCUGAUCCUGGAGCUGAUCCGCGGUGGGGAGCUCUUUGACUUCAUUGCCGAGAAGGAGACGCUGACGGAGGCGGAGGCCAUCGAGUUCCUGCAGCAGAUCCUGCAGGGCGUCGCCUACAUGCACGGGCGGCACGUCGCCCACUUCGACCUCAAGCCGGAGAAUAUCAUGCUGCUGGAGAAAGAAGUCCCCAACCCGAAAAUCAAGAUAAUCGAUUUUGGUCUGGCCCAAAAGCUGGAAGACGGAGUAACCUUCAAAAGCCUUUGUGGGACUCCGCAGUACAUAGCUCCCGAAGUGAUUAACUACGAGCCCCUGAGCUCGGCGACAGAUAUGUGGAGCAUCGGCGUUAUUACCUAUAUCUUGCUGAGCGGGAUGUCCCCGUUCCAGGGCGAGACGGAUGCCGAGACCCUCUCCAACGUCGUCGCAGGCAACUACGAGUUCGAGGAAAAAUUCUUCAGCGAGACCACCGAUAUGGCCAAGGACUUCAUCCGGCAGCUGCUGGUGAAGGAGCCUGGGAGUCGCAUGAGCGCGGCCGAGAGCCUCGUCCACCCGUGGAUCAAGCCCCUGAGCCGGAAGCAGGCCACCAACCGCAGCCGCUCCUCCAUCAACAUGAAGAACUUCCGCAAGUUCAACGCCCGCAGGAAAUGGAAGCUCUCCUACAACAUGGUGUCUGCCUGCAACCGGCUCUGCCGCCUGAAGCUCUUGUGUGGCCAGAGGACGGAGGAUGAGACUCUGCGCGGCUGCGAGAGCGACCAGGAGGACGAGGCCUCCCACCCGGUGACACUGCUGCGCCGGCGGAGAAGCAGCUGCUCCUGAGACCCGUCUCCCAACCACAGACUCCAGCAUGCUCCCGCUGCCCCCCCUCCACCCUCUGCAUCAGCUGGGGGGGGCAGCCCCGGCCCCCGGACGUGGGGAAGGGGGGAUCCAUGCUCACAGCCCUGUGAGAUGAGGCACCCCUGGCCCCACCCUGACAGCUGGGCGCUGUCUGCUGAGGCCCAAAGGGCGGGAAGGGGCAUUGACUUUGAUCGGCAGGGACCGGCUGGGAGCAGGAGGGGGCUGGAAAUGGGAUCCUGCCUCUUUUCCUCCCCCCCCCCCCAUGUCCCUCUCCAUCCGGAUGCCCGAGGACAGGGAGUUGGCUGCGGAUGGAGCUGGUGAAAGGGGAACACGUGUCGUCAGGAGAAGCUGAGGCUGGGGUGACCCCCGCAGCCCCUUGGCACCCAGUCACCGUGUCUGUGGGGCAAGGUAUGGGGGGUGUGGGAGAAGAGAUCCCGCUAUUAACCCUUUCAUUGUUCAAACAGAGCCCCCCCCACCACCAUGAGGGCCUUUUGGGGUGCAUUUUCUGCACCCCUCUUAUGCUUUCCAAUAGGAACCCCCCCAUGUGGCUGUUCUGUCUGGCACUCAUGGGGUUAAUCCAACUGGAUACCCCCACACACACACACUUGCCCCAAUGCGUUAGGGGCUCUGUUUAUUCCAUCACUCAUGGGGUUAAUAUGAGUCUCUUCCCCUCCCCACUCCACCCUGCCUGCUGCCCCCCAGCGGUACCUUGGUGGGGGGAUGGAUGGCGGCUCCGGAUGCGCUAGCGGCUGCAAGGUGGUGCCAGGUGCCUUCACCCAGCUGCAGCUGUUGAGGGGCGGCCAGAGAGCUGGGUGGAUGCCCCUUCCCCAGCACCCCACAAACCCUUGCAUGCUGGCCUAAGGUGCAUGGCAGGGCAGACCCCCCACCCUCCCCCCAGCUGCCUGGGGAAGAUCUGCCCAGCUCAUUCCCCCUCUGCCUGAUUAUUUUUAAAGAAAUAAACGUGCCAAGCGUC